ACUCGUUUAACGGGUUACAGUAUGCAUUGAGCGUUGAAACAUUCAAGUUCAUUGUAAUAUAUUCCACAGUAUAUCGAUCGAAACGUCGUCUUGGGAAUACACUGUUAUACUUGAUACAAGAAAGAAUAUCAAAAUUCAACAAAGAUGUCUAAGGCUGCAAGAAUACUCAAAGGACCACCUAGAACCUUAGAAACAAAUAUUUCGUUUGGACAAUUUAUUUUAGAAAAAUUACGACAACAUUAUGAAAAAGUUUUUGAGAUUGAUGCUGAAACUGGUCAAUUUUUAACGUAUAAAGAUAUGUUGGAAAAAACAGUCAAAUUAACAGAAAUUUUAAAAAAACGUAACGUCCAAAUCGAAGACAAGGUAUCAAUCAUUGCCGAAAAUCAUUGCAAUUGGUUCGUUGCAGCUUUUGCUAGCAUAUUCCUUGGUGCAGUUGUUGCACCGAUAAAUCCAGUCUAUACAGAAAUUGAACUUAAACACGUGCUUGGUAUCUCAAAACCACGUAUUAUCUUUGUAUCAAGAAGAACAGAAAAAUUGGUCAGUAAAGUAGUACCAACUUUACCAUGGAAUAUAGAAUUGAUCGAAUUGGAUGACGAAGCAUUGAACAAUAACGUACCAACCAUAAAAAAUUUAUUGAAAACUAUAGAUGACGAAAUAGAUUAUCAUCGAUACACACUCAUUGAUAUUGGUGAUAACAAGAAACGACCUGUUGUUAUUUUAUGUUCAAGUGGUACAACUGGUUUACCAAAAGGUGUUGCAUUGUCUCAUUGGAAUUUCUUAAAUUUUAGUACUACCAUUGGUACAUCCAAUUACUUAGAUAUUACACCAGAUGCAAGAGCGUUAUUGUUCCUACCACUUUAUCACGGUUAUGCGUUUGGUGUGAUGGCAUUGAUAACAAACGCUGGAGGCACAAUAAUAAGAAUAACAAACUUUUCGCCAGAUUUAUUAUUCAAAUCUAUCGAAAAAUAUCGUAUAACAUUGUUACCAAUAGUACCAUCUGUAUUAAUCAUUCUAGCCAAACAUCCGUCAGCACUUAAUUACAAUUUUCGAAGCGUGAAAAGAGCAUUCUGUGGUGCAGCACCUUUACCAAAAGAGAUUAUAUUGGAAGCAAAGAAACGAUUGAACGUAAAAUCAAUCGAUAAUGGUUACGGCAUGACAGAACUUACAGUUUUGACAGGUAUGAGUAACAAACUUGGUAACAACGAUUCAGCAAUUACUAACAUUGUACCUGGCGUACAAUGUAAAAUAGUCAAUCCUGAAACACAAGAAACCUUAGGACCUAUGCAAAAAGGUGAAUUGUGUGUCAAAGGUGAUCACAUUAUAAUGUUAGGUUAUUACAAUAAUCCCAAGGCUACCAAUGAAACGAUCGAUAAAGAUGGUUGGCUUCAUACCGGUGAUGUUGCUUAUUAUACUGAAACAGGUGACUUGUAUGUCAUCGAUCGAUUAAAGGAACUUAUUAAAUAUAAAGGUUAUCAGGUAUCACCGGUUGAAAUCGAAGUUCUCUUGCUUUCUCAUCCUGCUGUUAAAGACGUUGCUGUUGCUGGAAAACCUGAUGAAUUUGCUGGCGAAUUACCAACAGCUUUUAUUGCUAAACAACCUAAUUCUAAUGUUAAUCCUCAAGAAAUUAUUGAUUUCGUUAAAAAUCAAUUAUCACCACAAAAAUGGUUGAGAGGUGGAGUACAUUUUCUCGAAUCUAUUCCAAGAAAUUCAACGGGAAAAGUAAUGCGUCGAGAACUUAGAAAUUUGGCAUCACGUUUGUAAAUAAAAAAAACCAAACAUAUUUUAACAUUAUGUUAAAACAUUUAUGAGGAAUAUAUUUCUAAUAGAUUAAAUUAUAUCAUGAAAAAUCAAUUAGUUUGAAGAAUAUCAAACAUUUUACAAUUGAUAAAUUGAUAAUAAAGUUAUCUUUAUAUAAAAGAACAUAAUUUAUAUUCGAACUAUUUCCAAUAUAGAAAAUUGAAUAUAACAAACAAGCAGUGAUAAUAUUUAAGUUUCAUAUACGGAUUAUGCGAAAUAAAGUGGUGGUGGAUACCUGUUGCAUUCAAGUCAAAUACGUCAACUCCCCAAAUGUGAAAUAGUAUAAUUAGCGUAUAAUAAAAAUAUUGUAAUCAUUUAAAUGUGUGAUUACACGUUUUAAAAUUGU